AGGAGUGACCCGGCAGACCCCAUUCCACUAUGGAGAAAAGAGGGGCUCCUUUCCUCGUGGGCAUCAUCCUCCUGCUUCUGAUUGCAGCUCAAGGAAACCCAAUAAUUAGGACUCCACGUUGUACCUGCAUCGGCAGUAGGCAAGAGAGGAUCAACCCCAAAUUCUUGAAAGAUCUCAAACAACUUGCCCCCAGUCCUUCUUGUGAGGAAACUGAAAUCAUUGCUACACUGAGGAACGGAAAGCAGACAUGUCUAGACCCCAAGUCCGCAUAUGUGAAGAAACUGCUGAAAAACUGGGAGAAACAGAUCAGCCAAAAGAAAAGGCAGAAGAAAGGGAAGAAACAUCAAAAAUUCAAGAAAGUUCAAAAAAUUAAAAAAUCCCAAUGCCCUCAUCAAAGGAAGGCUACCUAAGAGACUCCUUCACCAACAAGUACUUUGCAUGUUUGUAAUUGUAAUGAAAUUACUCCAACAAGAGAUCACUAUAGCUGUAAUACAUAGGCUUGCUGAUUUCACUCAAAAUCUUAAAACAUUAUCAUGAAAUUGUAACUAAAGCUGGAAAGUUAAUGUUAAAAUCCAAAUAUUAAGAAUUG